AGGCUCUGUCCCGCGGUGCUGUCGUCCCAGUCAGCCCUGGCCGCUCGCCGAGGUCACAGGAUGAAGACAUGUCAGCUGCUGGUCCUCGGCUGCCUGCUGGCCGGCGCUCUGGCGCUGCCCAGCACACUCCAAGACCAGGAAGGUGGGUACGAAGCGGGAAAGCCGUUGGCUGAGAGGCCCGAGUUUGAUGGUAAGAUGUCUGAUAAUACAGCACUGGAGUUUGAUGGUAUGGAGCCGCACUUUGAUGGUACAAAGAGACCAGCACCCGAGGACAGGACGCUGGCUCCACUCGGCGACUCUGACACUCCCAGCGCGCGCUCCGGGGCGCUGUCCUGCGGCUCUCAUGUUAUCGCCGAAGGCUCGUCGGCAGUUAUCGAGUCGCCAAACUAUCCGUCCAACUACGACAACUACGCCUACUGCGCCUAUUCGUUCACCACCGACACCGGUAAGGAGCUCCAGCUGAACUGCGAGACAUUCGAGCUCGAGGGCGACGAAUCGUGCGAGCAGGACUGGCUGCGGGUUAAUGACAUCAAGUACUGCGGCUCCAGCGGGCCGUCGGCCGUGGGUGGAUCUCGUCUCGACAUCGUCUUCUUCAGCGACAAAAGCACCGCCACUGCGGGCUACCGGUGCACGGUGACGCUGGCGGAGCCGACCGUGGUGCCGGCCGGCUCGCACCUCAGCUGCGGCACCAGCCGGCUGGCGCGCGGCGAGCACACCAUCACCGACGGCGACGGCGACUACGGCGACAACGUCGACUGCUACUACCAGCUGUACGCCGACCAGGCCGGCGACCAGCUGUCGGUGACGUGCUCGCAGUUCGACGUCGAGUACGACUCAAUGUGUCUUUCCGACUGGCUGUCCCUGAACGGCAUCAGAUUCUGCAGCACCCGCAGACCGAGCGACGUGGCUGCUGUCGACCGCAUGUCGAUCCACUGGCACACUGACCGCAGUUCGGUGCGGCCCGGCUUCGAGUGUACCGUCACCGUCGAAGAGACGCCGCCGCCCUCCGACGCCUGCGCCUGCGGCCAAGUCAACCGCGCCUCGCGCAUCGUCGGCGGUGAGGAGACCGAGGCCAACGAGUACCCGUGGCAGGCGGCUAUAUUCGCGAGGCAUUAUUAUAACACUCUUUUUUGCGGCGGUGCCAUCAUCAACAGUCUCUACGUGCUGACGACAGCGCGCUGUACGAGCCAAGUGUCGGCCAGCGAUAUCCAGGUCCUACUGCGCAAGCACCUCACCGGCCAGGACGACAACGAGAUCCGCUUCAGCGUCGCCCAGAUCAAGGCGCAUCCGUACUACGAUCCGGACACACACCACAACGACUUCUCGCUGCUGAGGCUGGCCACGGCCAUCACCUUCCCCGCCGACAACAAGAUCGCGCCCGCCUGCAUGCCGACCGCCUCCAACGACUUUGUCGGCGCCGACGCCAUCGUCACCGGCUUCGGCACCACCUCGCACCGCGGCCCCAAGCCCGCCACACUGCAAGAGGCUAACGUCCCUAUAAUGAGCUACUACAAAUGCGCGUCUGCCUACCAGAGAAGAACGACGAGAACCGUCACCUCCAGUAUGAUCUGCACCGGCCUGCUGGGCUUAGGCGGCAAGGGCUGGUGUCACGGAGACCAGGGCGGCCCGCUCGUCAGCUUGGAGAACAACCGCUACUCGCUCGUCGGCGUCGUCUCCUGGUCGAUUGGCUGCGCGCGUCCAGACUACCCGGGCGUGUACGCCAGGGUCACUGAUGCGCUGUCUUGGAUUUGGACCAGCGCCGCCGACGGCGAGUACUGCCGUGACCCGGCCGCCAACUGAGGCUGACCGGAGGCAGCGGCCAGCCGUCCCAUGUCGGCAGGGGCUGUCCCACAUCUGCAGGCGCCGUCCAAUAUCCAGAGGCGCCGUCACAUGUCCACAGGGGCCGUCCCAUGUCUGCAGGGACCGUCCCAUGUCCGCAGGGACCGUCCCCAGGGGCUGUCACAUGUCCAUAGGGACAGUCCGAUAGGCCUUGACUGGAUGGAUUACAGGGUCAUUAGAGGCAUUAUGGGGUUUGAGUGAGCGGUGGAGGGUCCAUAUAUUUUAGACUAGCAUGAGUGCUUGAAUGAAAAUACAGUUUUAAUUUGUGUUAGCUAUUUCCUUCACAGGAAACAUGUAUCUAGCGUAAUGCCCAGUUUAUGAUUGCAGUUGCUAAAAUCAAGCCAUUUUAGGCAUUGACGCUUGGAUUUGAGUGAUGCUUUAAUACAGAUGCAGUGAUGGGAUA